AUGUCUCCGGCGGCUGGAGCGCCUGGACCCGAUGGAGGCGCUGAGCGGCGGCGGCCGAUAGCGAGCACCCGGGAGGGACGCGGCGGCAGCGGCAGCUCGACAGGCGUGGUGCUGGUCGGCGUGUCGCUGCUGGGCCUCGUGCUGUACCUGGUGCCGGCGGCGGCCGCGCUGGCCUGGCUGGUCGUGGGGGCUACCGCGGCCUGGUGGGGACUGAGCCGCGAGCCCCGAGCUGCGCGCGCCUUUCCCUCGCUUGGUCGGAACCCGCGGCGCCAGCGGACGCUGUUGACGGCGCCUCCCGCCAAGUCGCCGGUAAACGGAAACCUCUUCGAGCCGCGGACUUUGCUGGAAGGACCCGACCCAGCCGAACUGCUCCUCAUGGGCAGUUACCUGGGGAAACCUGGCCCUCCGCAGCCUCCGCACGCCCGGGAUGGCAGGGACCUGCGAGAGGGGCCCGGCGGCCGGCCCGCCGCCCGCCCCGCGCUGCCCGCUCACCGCGCCCACCACCUCCAGCCCUCGUCCCCCGCUGCCCUUCUCCGCACCUCUCGGAGGCCUCCCCACAGGGAUUGUGGGACUUCACCAAAUCGGUUUGUAAUAACACCUCGGAGACGCUAUCCAAUCCAGCAGGCCCAGUAUUCUUUCCUGGGGUCCCUCCCCACAGUGUGCUGGAAUGGUUAUCACAAGAAGGCUGUGCUGUCUCCUCGCAAUUCCAAGAUGGUGUGCAGCCCAGUGACCGUAAGGAUCGCCCCACCUCACAGCAAGUUGGUUCGCUCGGCAGUACCGGAGCAGAUAGUUGGCUCGUCACUGUCCUCACCAUCAGCUAAUACUCCAGACCCAUGUGCGAGGGAGACUGUCCUGCGUGCCCUCAAGGAGAGGAAGAAAAGAACAGUGGAGGAGGAAGACCCACUGGUCUCUGAUGGCCAGGAAAAUAAAAGAAGGCGCCAUGAUAGCAGUGGAAGUGGACAUUCAGCAUUUGAGCCCCUGGUGGCCAAUGGAGUCCCUGCAGCUUUUGUGCCAAAACCUGGGUCUCUGAAGAGAGGCUACAACGCCCAGAGUGCAGACGACCACUUGAAUAAGAGGUCCCGCACCUCCUCUGUGAGCUCCUUGACGAGCACCUACGUGCGAGGCAUCCCAUGUUCAAGCCGUAAUGCUAUCACCAGUUCCUAUAGCUCUUCUCGCGGUGUCUCUCAGCUGUGGAAGAGAAGUGGGCCCAGUUCAUCACCUUUCUCUAGUCCAGCCUCAUCCCGCUCCCAGACACCAGAGAGGCCAGCAAAGAAAAUGAGAGAAGAAGAGCUUAAUCAUCUUUCUAGGUCUUCAACUCCACUGGUAACAGAAAAAGAAUCCCAGGGAGAAAAGGUUGCAGAUACAACCACACAGAAGCAACAAAACGUGUGGCAUUCCCCAUCAACACCUAGGAGCUCUGGGCGGCGGAAACGGAAGGUUCAACUGCUGCCUUCCAGGCGAGGAGACCAGCUGACAUUGCCUCCACCUCCCCAGCUUGGUUAUUCAGUAACUGCUGAAGACCUCGACUUGGAAAAGAAAAUCGCAUUGCAGUGGUUUAACAAGGUCUUGGAAGAUAAAUCCUCGCCACCAUCCCUCCCAACCCCAAGCCCUACCCCACUGCUGGAGAGCUUGAAGAAGACGCAGAAUUCCCCAGGCCCACCUGCCUUCCCAGAAUCUACUGGAGUAGCUACCACUGCGGCCUCUUUGUCUCUGAAGACACCCAGUCUUCUGGCCCCCAUUGAGACUUCACAGUCAGGGACCUCUGCGGACUCAAAACCCACAGCCACUUUCUCAGGCCUGACCUCUGAGUCCACCAUCAAGUCACCUCCAGUCCUCCAAGCUGAGACUUCUGCCAAAUCCCAAGCCCCAUCCCCAAUCCCCAAACCUAGUAUUCUUUUUGGAAUGUUGAGCACCCCAACUUCUAACCCUCCUGCAGCUCCUGCUGUAUCCUCAACACCACCCAUGUUUAAGCCCAUUUUUGAGGCCACACCUAAAAGUGAGACUCCUCCAGCCACAACUACCACAGCUCCCAGCUCUGCCCCCACGGCAGUUCCUAGCACCCCAACCCUCACUUUCAAGCCCAUCUUUAGCAACAUGGAACCACCAACAUCUUUGCCCUUGUCAACUCAUUUCUCCUUUAAGCCAACAGCUACUCCAGCCACUACCACAGCUGCUCCCCUCUUCACUGGCCUCUCCAGCACCACCUCCGUCACAGCCCCCGUCACCACAGCCAGCACCUCCGCAGACUCGGCUUCAAAGCCUGCUUUCAACUUUGUUGUAAACAGUGUGGCGACCACCACGAGCAACCUGACUAACACCACUUCCGCUUCUGCUUCCACAUCCGCUUCCACUUCUACUUCCCAGCCUUUCCUCUUUGGGGCCCCCCCUACCUCUGGUGCUGGCUUUACCCCAGCCAUGCCCUCCAUAUUCCAAUUUGGCAAGCCUCCUGCCAUACCUGCUUCAACAACAGCCACCACCUUGAGCCAGUCCCUCUCCAAUGGUGCCGCGACGGCCCCUGGCAGCACCGCUGCUGGCUUUGGUGGGUUUGGCAGCACCCUCACCACCUCAGCACCAGUUACCACCAGCCAGCCAACUCUGACCUUCAGUAGCACCACCACCCCAGCAUUCAACAUUCCGUUUGGUUCAAGCACCAAGCCUCCUCUCCCAUCAUACCCAGGAGCCAACCCCCAGCCCAUAUUUGGUGCCACUGAUGGGCAGCAGCCAGGGGCCACCAAGCCAGCCCUGGCCCCAAGCUUCGGCAACUCUUUCACCUUCGGAAACACCGCAGCUUCAGCCCCAACCGUGACUCCAGCCCCAACCCCUGCUCAACCUGCCUUCGGCAGUACCACACAAGCGGCCUUUGGUGGUUUGAAACCCCCAGCCUCCACCUUUGGCACUCCUGCCAGCACCCAGCCAGCCUUCGGCAGCACCACCGCUAUCUUCUCUUUUGGUGCAGCCACCACCUCUGGCUUUGGGGCUACCACCCAGCCAACCAGCAGUGGGGCCAGCAGCUCAGUGUUUGGCGGCUCAACACCAUCGCCCUUCACAUUUGGGGGCUCAGCAGCACCAGCCGCCAGUGGGGGUUUUGGGAUCGGUGUGGCUAACCCGGGCACCAGUGCCACCCCCGGAGGAUUCAGCUUUGGAGCAGGACAGAGUGGGACCACCAGCACCACCACCCCUUUUGGGGGAGGCUUGAGUCAGAGCACCCUAGGCACACCAAGCCAGAGCAGCACGCCCUUCGCCUUCAAUGUGGCCAGUGCACCUGAGAGCAAACCUGUGUUUGGAGGCACCUCCACGCCUACCUUUGGCCAGAACGCACCUGCCCCUGGAGUGGGCACAUCAAGCAACAGCCUCUCCUUUGGGACGUCCUCCACUCCAGCCGCGGGCUUUGUCGGAGUCGGGCCUUUUGGAUCGGCAGCACCUUCCUUUUCCAUUGGUGCGGGUUCCAAGACCUCAGGGGCUCGACAGCGCCUGCAAGCCCGAAGGCAGCACAACCGAAAGAAGUAG